AUGCAUCACGAACCAAAGAAGUUAAAGCCAUUUACAAGUAAAAAUUUACCAGAUUUCAAUAUAAAAAGCUUGUAUAGCGAGAGGGUUCUAGUUAGAAAAGAAAAAAAGACCAAGUAUUUGCUUCCAUUUGAUUCAAUAGAACCAGGAGAUAAAAAUUUGUAUUACAUGCAUAUAUCUGUAAACAAUAGCGAUGAUAUUAUUACAUAUGACUUUAAAGAACCUGCAACACUUAUUGGAAGAGAACAUUUUUGCGAUAUCAGGUUUACACACAAAAUUAUUAGUAGACAACAUUGUGUCAUUCAGUUUAGAAACGUAAAAGCUAAUGAAAAUCAAGAAAAACUCGAAAUUACUCCUUAUAUUUUUGAUAUGGGUACUAAAAAUGGUACAUAUAUUAAUGAUGAGCAGAUCCCUAGCUGCCAAUACGUUCAGUUACUAGAUGGUGAUAUUAUUACUUUCGAUAAACGAGCUGAUAACCAAAUUAUUAUCAAAUUCCAUAUACAAAAUAACGUUGACCAUGAGAGUGAUUCAGAUAAUUGA